AUGCUGGCCAAAUCUGAUGAAACGUGUAAAAAAAUCGGUGUUCAGCUAAACCUAGGCAAGACGAUGUCCAUGAGGAACAGACGGGUUUCUGAUGCCUCAUCCACGGUCAACGGAAGGAACAUAUCCGAAUGCAGCAGCUAUGGAUACCUAGAUCGGGAAAUCAACAUGAUGAGCGAUCUCGACCUCAAAGUGUGUAGAAGGAAACGAGCAGCUUGGGGCACACACGAGAGCAUCGAGGAGGAUAAUAGUGGAGAGGACCAAGAACAUCCGGCUCCAUGCUGA